CAAGCUCGCUUUCCUUUUCUUUUUUUGCGCGCGACAUCAACAUAAUUUUCAAAAUAGUGUCUCGCUUAAUGAUUAAUCAAAAUUUUCUAUGAUUUUCCGUGACAUUACAAAACUUUUUUGAGCGUUUCCGAUUGAUUUCAGACCGACUAUCGAGUAGAAUUUUCCUCGGAGAGGAAAUUUUACACCGUUUUGGAACCUAACCUAGGGAUAUAUGCUCUAACGAAAUCGAAAGGCGAGAUAAUCUCCGCGCAAUUAUUUGUGAUUUAAUUCACAUGAUAUAAACUCUCAAAAUAUAUGCUACAACAGAAUUGAAAGUCAAAAUGAUCUCCGCGCAAUUAUUUGUGGCGUGUGUAUUAUGGAGGAACGCUUGGGAAAAAAAUAUAAACAAUUCCUCAUCGAAACAGUUUCUGUUGACUAUUCUCAUGGCUAACAAUAAGCAAAGUCAAGCCAGUCGACGAGUCGACGAAUUUGGAUGAGAAUUGAAACGUUAAAAAUUCUGCGACAAUUAGCAAGCAUAGGAUAUUAAGCAAAGGGAUAUUAAAAAAGGCUGAAAUGGCAUCAAGACGAUUAAAAGUCGGAAUUUUAACUAUACAUAGCAAAUUGGACAUACAUGAUAUAAAUGCUGAUGUGGAAGAGAUAUGUAUAUAUAACUCUGAUAUAAUGGAACUCAUUGAUUAUAGUAAACGCGUAGUAAGGAUAAAAAUUGGUGCAGAAAUAAUUGAUCUAAUGUUAGAAAUUGAGAAACAUGCUAUAAUGGACACAAUAUGUUGUUGGUGCGAUAAAGAAGAUGAAAUUGAUAUUAUUUUUAUUGUUGGUUAUCCAUUUUCUUGGGCUGAUAUACAUCUUGAGAAUGACUUUAAUGAAUUAAUCAAAAAAAUGAUUAAUGAACAAGGUUUUAAAAGACACACAGCAAUCGUAUCAAAAAUAAAGAUGAAAUUAGAGUCUAGAUAUCAUCGAAUUAUAUGUGGAGAACGAAAUAACACGCUAAUCAUUAAUUUGUUUGGCUUUUACCAUGACUGUGACCUAUUAGCAUGCUUUGAUAUAAUUGCAACAGUACUACAGAAUGAAAGAAAAUUGAUAGAUUAUAAGAAAUCAAUGCAAGAUAUUGCAUCUUCUUCAAAUAAUGAUUGUACAGAUCAGAUAGGGGGGAAUAAAAUCAAAUCCCAUGAAAAAUCUAUACAUGAUCUAGAUAUACACGAGGAAGACAAUAUGAAUAAAGCGAAACGCCAUAAAGAAUCUUCUAACAAAUUUAUAGAAGAGGCGGCCGACAGAUAUGAAUCCGGAUAUUACAAGAAAUUAUCUUCUUCCUCUGAAUUUAUGAAGCAACCAAUAGUCGCGAAAGAAGAAACUAUUGUCAAUGAACCCUCGACUUCGUCUGGUAAAAUGGUAAAGAAGCCAAUAGUCGCGAAAGUAGCAACUAUUGUCAGUGAACCCUCUACUUCAUUUAAUAAAAUGAUAAAGAAGGUCACAGAAUCAUCCAUUAUUGACAAGGAAGCUUCUUCAUCUGAAAUCAUGUACGAGGUGGAUCUGAAAAAUAUCGUUUCCUAUGUACAAAAUCCCAUGAUUUCUAUAAACGAAGCAUUGUUGAAAAUACGUAGAAUAGUUGCCCAUACUCAUGAAAGAAAUUGCGAUGUUGUGAAGAUAAAUAAUGCUCAUGGCAGAAUAUUGUUCGAGACCGUGUAUGCGAAUUGUAAUGUACCAGCAUUUAGAGUUUCCACCAAAAAUGGAUACGCAAUAUUGGCAAAUGAUGGCGAAGGCGUAAGGACAGUACUGAUCAAAACAACAUCUAAUUCAAUAUCUCUCAAACCUGGGACUUGUGUGAUGGUGAAAAGCGGAGCGCGUAUUCCUGAUGAAGCAACAGCAGUUGUGCAAAUUUCUGAUACAAAGCGAAUAAUGAACUAUGAUGGAACGGAAGAGUCAAUUCAAAUAAUGAUCAAACCGGAAAACGGGCAAAAUAUUAAAAACGUUGGUAGCGAUAUAAGGAAAAACGAACUUAUUAUACACCCGUACACACGUAUUGGUCCAGCAGAAUUAGGACUAUUGGCAGCUACAGGCCAUCAGGACGUUAUAGUCGUUGCUCCUAUAUCCAUAGGUAUAUUGUCAAUUGGAGAAUUCUUAGCAGAACCUGGAGAGUCUUUAAGACCGGGAUAUGUCUACGAUAGCAACAGAAUAAGCCUAAUCGCGCUAUUAAAAGAUAAAGGUUUCUAUCCAAUAUUAGAUUUUGGAAUUGUUGCAGAUAUUAUGCUACCUAUAAUGAAGAGAAUCAAACAAGCUUUAAAAGAAGUGGAUGUACUUGUGACAAUAGGCUGCACGAACGAUAAUGAUGUGUUGAAGCUCAUUUUAAAGAAUGACCCUAUGGCAACUAUACAUUUUGGAAACGUAAAUGUAAAACCGGGGAAGUCAACAAUGUUUGCAACAUACAGAAUGGACAAAACGAAGUGUAUCUUAUGCCUGCCGGGAAAUCCGGUAUCCGCUUUCAUUUCCGCGCAUUUAUUUCUUUUACCUCUUUUGAACGAGUGCUAUCACAUCGCCGAGAAAUCCUGCAAAAUACCAGUUUGCAUAAACCAACGAUUCAUCUUGCAUCCGCGUCCUAGAGUCGCGUGGACAGUUUUAAAAUGGAAUGACCAGGACAAUUUCGCAAGGGCUUUCAACAAGGAAAAUCUUGUCAGUGAUAAGCUAUCUAGCAGUCAAGCCGCUAAUGCGCUUUUGAUGCUACCACAAAAAACAGAGGAUCUCAAGGAGAUGUAUCCAUCAUUUGUACCUGCAUUAUUAAUCAACUUUUCCAAUAGUUGCACAUUAAUAAAAGAUGUUUUUAAUUGACUAUCACCAGCAGCAUUAUGAUGAAACAUUUAUACAUUAUUAUAUAGACUCGAUAUUACAUAUACAAUUUGUAUAUAACAAUUUUUAAACAAUUUUAUGUAAGAAAGAAAACUUAUGGAUAUAUCUCGUAAUUGGCAGAAAGAAUUGGAUAUAUUUUACAUUUUGCUUUAUGUGAAACUUGGUAAUACUUUUCAAACUUUACCUUUUCACGACUUAUUAUUAGCUUGGUAAUUCAAUUUCAAAGCAUUUCAAUUUCUAAAAUUCUAUUAAAAUCAAGAUAUUUGGAAUUGAGGAAUAAAUAAUUAUUAUAUAUAUUUAUGAUUAUUAUAUUUUUCGAAAACUAUUUUUGAAUAUUAACAUUUUUAUUGAUAAAUUGAUGAAUCAAUUUUUGCAAAGAUAAAUUUUAGAAGAAAUACAUUGUUUAUGUAUAUGUGUAUCCACUUUCGUGCCAAUCCUAGAUAUAUGUCAUAACAAUUUUAAUUUUACUUUUUCAUUUUAAUUAUGUAUAUUGUAUUAUAUGACGAUAACUUUUGUCCAUCAUUUUACCAUUAAAAUCAUUGUAGCAAUAAAAUAUAAUAUUUUUACAUAUUUGUCUAAAAUAUGUUAGUAGUUACACUUUACUAUACAUGUUAGUAAUAUUUAUACACAUUAAAAAUGUUUCAGUUUUACAAUAAUAUAUAAUCCAAUAUAUAAAAUGUCACAAAUUUGCAGAAACAGGAGAAUAGGAAAUUAUAGUAAUACUAUAUUUCAAGAGAGACAGGAAGACAAAAAGAAAGAUGAAAAUUAAUAUCAGAGAAGUCUGGUUGCAUUUUUAAUUUCAAUAUAUUCCAAUAUUCGAGUUAUGUUUGCAUCAGUAUUUUUAUUCUUUCAUAAAGCUCGUUCGUCUUUUUUACAUUCUUCGUAUGUUGUUCCUUUUCUCCUUUUUUUCUGAGAGCGAAUACAAAUGAAAACGUGUUUUAAAGCAAAGAAUG